GAGGCGGGGGCGCGAUGUCGGUGCCGCUGCUCAAGAUCGGGGCCGUGCUGAGCACCAUGGCCAUGGUCACCAACUGGAUGUCGCAGACGCUGCCCUCGCUCGUGGGGCUCAACGGCACCGUGUCCCGCGCGGGCGCCUCGGAGAAAAUCACCCUCUUCCAAAGCCCAGAGGAAGGCUGGCAGUUGUACACCUCGGCUCAGGCCCCCGAUGGGAAAUGCAUCUGCACGGCUGUGAUCCCCGCACAGAGCACCUGCUCCCGCGAUGGUCGGAGCCGGGAGCUGCGGCAGCUGAUGGAGAAGGUCCAGAACGUCUCCCAGUCCAUGGAGGUCCUUGAGUUGCGGACGUACCGCGACCUCCAGUACGUGCGCAGCAUGGAGACCCUCAUGAGAAGCCUGGACGCACGACUCCGGGCCGCCGACGGGUCCCUCUCAACCAAGAGCUUCCAGGAGCUGAAGGACAGGAUGUCGGAGCUGUUGCCCUUGAGCUCAGUCCUGGAGCAGUACAAGGCGGACACGCGCACCAUCGUGCGCCUGCGGGAGGAGGUGAGGAAUCUCUCCAGCAGCCUUGCGGCCAUCCAGGAGGAGAUGGGCGCCUACGGCUACGAGGACCUGCAGCAGCGGGUGAUGGCCCUGGAGGCCCGGCUCCAUGCCUGUGCCCAGAAGCUGGGUUGUGGGAAGCUGACUGGGGUCAGUAACCCCAUCACCAUUCGGGCCAUGGGGUCCCGCUUCGGCUCCUGGAUGACCGACACAAUGGCCCCCAGUGCGGAUAGCCGGGUCUGGUACAUGGAUGGCUAUUACAAGGGCCGGCGGGUCCUGGAGUUCCGCACCCUGGGGGACUUCAUCAAAGGCCAGAACUUUAUCCAGCACCUGCUGCCACAGCCGUGGGCGGGCACCGGCCACGUGGUGUACAACGGCUCCCUCUUCUACAACAAGUACCAGAGCAACGUGGUGGUGAAGUACCAUUUUCGCUCGCGCUCGGUGCUGGUGCAGCGGAGCCUGCCGGGGGCCGGCUACAACAACACCUUCCCCUACUCCUGGGGCGGCUUCUCGGACAUGGACUUCAUGGUGGAUGAGAGCGGGCUCUGGGCCGUGUACACCACCAACCAGAACGCGGGCAACAUCGUGGUCAGCCGGCUGGACCCGCACACCCUCGAGGUCGUGCGCUCCUGGGACACCGGCUACCCGAAGCGCAGCGCCGGGGAGGCCUUCAUGAUCUGCGGCGUGCUCUACGUGACCAACUCCCACCUGGCCGGGGCCAAGGUCUACUUCGCCUAUUUCACCAACACGUCCAGUUACGAGUACACGGACGUGCCCUUCCACAACCAGUACUCCCACAUCUCCAUGCUGGAUUACAACCCCCGGGAGCGGGCCCUUUACACCUGGAACAACGGCCACCAGGUGCUCUACAACGUCACCCUCUUCCACGUCAUCAGCACCGCGGGGGACCCCUAGCGGCUGCGGGAGCUCUGGCUGCCCGCGCUGGGGCGC